AUGAGACCUAUUCUAGGCAAUUUAGUGCUUACUCCAGCAACUAGUUUUGGGAAAUGGGGCAAGUUCGCGUCAGUUCGCAAGAUUCGCCACUUAGUAUCAGGAGAAGAGUACGCGGCAAAGAUCAUUCGCAAGCGGAGACGCGCGGCAGACACGACGCGCGAGAUCCUACACGAGGUGGCCGUGCUCGACCUCUGCGCGGAGUGCACGCGCGUCGUCAGUCUACACGAGGUAUACGAAACCCGUUCGGAAGUGGCGAUUGUAUUAGAAUUAUGUGCUGGCGGAGAACUGCAGCGUCUCCUUGACGAAGAAGAUCGUCUGUCCGAGGGAGCGGCGCGACGGGCCCUGCGUCACGUACUAGAGGGGCUGGCACACUUACACGCGCGCCGGGUCGCUCACCUGGACCUCAAGCCACAGAACCUACUACUCACAGCCGGCGGAGAAGAACUACUUAUAUGUGACUUCGGUAUCAGUCGCGCUAUACAGCCCGGAGCACACGUCCGGGAGAUAUUAGGCACAAGGGACUAUGUUGCCCCUGAAAUUCUAUCGUACGAGCCCCUCUCGCUAGCCGCAGACAUCUGGUCAGUUGGCGUGCUGGCGUACGUCCUCCUUAGUGGGUACUCCCCGUUCGCGGGCGAGACCAAACAGGAGACCUACCUCAACAUAGCACAGUGCCAGCUCAGCUUCCCCAAGGACCUGUUCCGAGGAGUGUCGCAGAGGGCCAUACAGUUCAUCAAGGAGACGCUAGUUGUUGAUCCUAAGGGUCGUCUUACAGUGGAAGAGUGCCUGGAGCACCCCUGGUUGAAAGACGAGGCGAACUUGCCGCGUGCGAUCGUGGGCGUCGGGUUUGACGCCGAGCUCGCCAGCGACCCCGACGCGGACGGGGACGACGACGACAACCACGACAACCUCAACGCCGUCAACGGAGUUAACGGCGUUAAUGGCGUUAACGGAGUUAACGGGUGUAACGGCGUGAACGGGGUCAAUGGUGUGAACGGUCACAACGGCGUCAACGGGUGUAACGGGACCAACGGGUCACAUGAUGAUGAAAAAGAAUCAUCAGAGUCCCGGCCAUCCUCGGCACAGGGUCGCGAGGAGUGCGAGGAGCGCGACAAGCCGCUGAAGCAUGCGCACGCGCGCGACGUGUCUCCCCCCUUCCCCGACGCCCCCUCCACGCCUAAGUGUCUCCCCGCAGGUGUCGCGCAAGUCGGCCCCGCCGCACGCGCCGUCGGUGCUGGCGCUGUGCAAGAAGUUCCAGCCGGACUACGAGAAGCCGGCCAAGCUGUCGCUGGCGGCGCACGAGUGCGGCGCCGACUGUACGUGCCGCACGCUGCGGCCCCGCGCCGUGCUCUGCUAG